AUGUUAAGGAAUACAAAGCUUUUGUCAAGAACUAUAAGUUCUUCUUUGCGCUUUUCUGCAACUAAGUCUACUAGAUUACCAAUCCAACAUAAUAUCAAGUUUUAUUCGAAGAAAGCAGAUAAAAAGCCGGAAGAACCACAAUCCAUCUUGACCGAUGAUUUGUUAGCAAAAGCCGGUUUCGAAGACCCUAAUGAAUCAAAGAAUAAGUCUGAACAACAAGAACCGGAAAAUGGUGAAGCAGACGAACAGGAGAAACCAAAUGGACAAGAACAAAGAUCAAGAAGGAAGAGAAGAGCACAGACCUCUAAAGAUUUACAACGUGAAAGAUAUGCCAAUAUGUUUUAUCUUGCCACAUUAGUAGGGGGAAUUGCUGGUGUAGGAUACAUGUGCCGUGAUUGGGAUUCAGAAGAAGAACAAACCAAGCUCGAAGGUAAGGAUAUCGAUAACGGAUUUGCACCAAGCUUAAUGUAUGGUAGACUUAAUAAGAGAUUAGGAUCAUUAUUCACAUUUUUCUCUGAACCUGUUUUUGAAAAUUUGUUACCACCACCAGCCCCUGAAGCUUACCGUCGUCCAUUAACUUUAGUAGUGACCUUAGAUGACUUUUUGAUCCACUCUGACUGGGAUACUAAGCAUGGAUGGAGAACUGGUAAGAGACCUGGUUUAGAUUACUUUUUAGGUUACUUAUCUCAGUACUACGAAAUUGUUAUUUUUGGGUCAAACUACCAGAUGUACUCGGAAAAUACUGUUGGUAAGUUAGAUCCAUUCCACGCUUACGUUUCGUACGCUUUAUUCAGAGAAGCCUGCCGUUACAAAGACGGAAAAUUAGUCAAAGAUUUAUCCUUAUUGAACCGUGACUUAGGUAAGACCGUCUUGGUUGACGUCGAAGAAGACUCAUGGUCUAUGCAACCAGAAAACGCAAUCCCAAUGAAGCCAUGGGAUGGUAAGUACGAUGACACAUUAGUCAAAUUAAUCCCAUUCUUGGAAUACUUGGCUACUCAACCGGUCAAGGAUGUCAGACCAAUUUUGAACUCCUUCAAAGACAAAACCAACAUUGUACAAGAAUUUGCCGAAAGAGAAACCAAGUUGAGAGAACAAUGGAAGAAAGACAACAAGCACUUGUUCGACAACGCUAAGAGACCUAAUGCCGGUAACUUCUUGGCCUCAUUGAUGGGUGUUCCAACCACUAGUGUCAACAAGGAGCCUAAGAUGCCUUUGGACAUCAUCAGAGAACACGGUCAAUUACAAUACGAGCAUUUCCAGAAAUACUUGAAGGAAAAUGCUCCAAAAUUCAUGGAAGAAGAACAAAAAUUGAAGGAUGAAUUCGGAAAGGUCAGUUUGAACAAGUUGAUAACCGAAGGUGCUCCAUCGGCUGAAGACAUUGCUAAGGUUCAAGCUGAAAGAGCCGCAGCCCAACAACAAAAAUAA